ACACUCGUAUCCCUGAUCGUCAACCUGUGUGUACCGACCUUCGCCUGUUCUCCGACCAACCUUGUAUUUGUAUGUGAGAAGCCAUGUCUUCAUUGGGACGGAUCAUCUUCUACAUCAUGAUCACACUCAUUGUUGUUUUCUCAGCACUCAUCAUCAUUAUCCUGUCUGUUGCACUGUCAGGCAGUUGGCCUCCGGUGCAGAGCCUCAACAGACUUCCUGUGGCUAACCUUGGCAAAGACCACAUGCUCAGCUGCUUUCUGCCCACAGACAAUGAACAAAGUACACUCAAAGAGGUUUCUGUUACUUGGAGGAAGGAGUUGCUAACUGGAAUCGUUUACCGCUAUGAGGAUGGUUCCGAGAGCAACACCGAGCAGGACUCAUUCUACAGCGGCAGAGUAGAGAUAUUCAGCAAUGUUUUGGUGAAAGGAAACGCCUCACUGCUAUUGAGGAAGGUGCGACGCAGUGAUGCAGGCGAGUACACAUGUUCGCUCAGCCAUUCAGGAGGCAGCGGGAAUGUGAAUAUUGUUCUCAGGACAGCAGGUGAAUAAACUUGACUUUCCUGUUGUACUGUGUUUGCUUCUCUAAUCAAACAUUAGGAACCUGCAAAUGAAAAGUGAGACAGUUUUGCCACUUUUCAAUCUACAAUGUCCUCUAAAUCAACGUUUAAAAUGUGUGUGUGUGUGUGUGUGUGUCUAAGUUUUAUAGACUGGUUUGGGAUGAUUAAAACUAAAAAUGAUGUGAUUGUGAACAUUUCAGUAAAGCUAGGUGACGUAACCAAGGGUGGAACGGUUUAUGAUAUUUGACUGAACCCUUAAUUUUGGGGCGUAAGCACGCAAAAUUCUCUGUUUUUCUGUUUCUCUCAUUUACUCAUUAGGCGAAGUGAUUAUGCACCUGAGAGAAAAAAGUGGAGCCUGUAUUAAUGCCCACUGCUGAAAGGAGACGUAAAACCAGUGGUCAGAUGUGAAGUUUAAAAAAAAAAAAAAAAGGGCAGUGAUGUUUUCUGGCAUGGCGAAAGAUUUUGAGGAAGAACAUGCCAAGUGCGUUUAUGUCUGCUGUAUGGGAGAACGUUGUCCAUCCAUCCAUCCAUCCAUUCAUCCACCUGUCCAUCCAUCUUUUUAACCGCUUAUCCUCACUAGGGCACUCACAUUCACACUAAAAGGCCAAUUUAGAGUCUUUAAUAAACCUAACAUGCAUGUUUUGGGGAUGAGGGAAGAAACCGGAGUUCCCAGAGAAAACCCACGCAAGAACAGGCAGAACAUGCAAACUCGAGACAGAUGGGACUGCGAGACAGGCAAAAAUCAGCAGUA